UUUAGCUGCUGAAUGAAGGAGGGAACGGAGGGAAGGAUGAACGGAUAGAGCGAGGGAUGAAUGGAUGAAUGAACGGAUCCCGACCUGGGUUUGUUUUGCCACUGAGUACCAAGACACAAAAGGUUUCAGACGCCAAACUGACUCGAGCCGACCCAGGAGAACUCAGUAGAGUCCAGUAAAAAAAAAAAAAUUUAGCUUCUUCAGUGGAAGGGGGCUUCAGCAGCCAUGGCAGAGCCUCCACCCCUUCUCGCCUCCCGCCUCCUCCCGUUCUCCUCAUCCUCCCUCCUCUUCCUCCUCGCCUCCCUGUUGCUCCUGUCGCUGCCUGGAUCGAUCCACGCGCACUCGGCACAGGGGGCUGAUAAAAACUGCUCAGCGGGCGGAGACCCCUGUCAGGAAGGAGUGGUCCUGCCCGUGUGGAACCCCCAGAACCCCUCCGUGGGGGACAAAGUGGCACGGGCCAUCGUUUACUUCGUAGCGCUCAUCUACAUGUUCCUGGGCAUGAGCAUCAUCGCGGAUCGAUUCAUGUCUUCCAUAGAGGUCAUAACCUCGCAGGAAAAGGAGAUCACCAUCAAGAAGCCAAACGGCGAGACGACCACGGCCACGGUCAGGAUCUGGAACGAGACGGUUUCUAAUCUGACCCUGAUGGCUCUGGGCUCCAGCGCCCCGGAGAUCCUGCUCUCUGUCAUCGAGGUAUGUGGUCACGGGUUCGAGGCCGGUUCUCUGGGUCCCAGCACCAUCGUGGGCAGCGCUGCCUUCAACAUGUUCAUCAUCAUCGCCUUGUGUGUGUAUGUGGUUCCCGACGGAGAGACGCGCAAGAUCAAACACCUGCGGGUGUUUUUCGUCACGGCGGCCUGGAGCAUCUUCGCCUACAUCUGGCUCUAUCUGAUUCUGAGCGUCUUCUCACCUGGAGAGGUGGAGGUAUGGGAGGCGGUGCUCACCUUCCUCUUCUUCCCGCUCUGUGUGGUCCAGGCCUGGGUGGCCGACCGGCGCCUCCUCAUCUACAAGUACGUCCGCAAGCGUUACCGCGCCGACAAGAACCGCGGCAUCAUCAUCGAGACGGAGGGUGGCGCGGAUGGAGGCCUGGGAGGAGGGAUGGACGGAGGAGGAGCGCUGGGGGGCUUCACCAAGAUGGACAUGCUGGAGCUGGACGGACAGAUGGGGCUGAACUGUCACGGAGGGCUGGACGGAGGGCUGGUGGAGGAGGGAGGGGCGAAGGACGAGGAGGACGAGGCGCGGCGGGACAUGGCCAGGACGCUGAAGGAGCUGAAGCAGAGGCAUCCGGAUAAAGACAUGGAGCAGCUCAUCGAGAUGGCGAACUACCAGGUGAUUUUAUUCCCGGUCCUGGUGCAGCAGCAGAAGAGCAGAGCCUUCUACCGUAUCCAGGCAACCAGGAUGAUGAUCGGAGCCGGCAACAUCCUCAAGAAGCAUGCCGCCGACCAGGCUCGCAAGGUGGUGAGCAGCCAUGAGACCCAGGCCCAGGAGGACGACCCCCACACUGUCAGGAUGGAGUUUGAACCCUCUCUGUACCAGUGCUUCGAGAACUGCGGCUCCCUCAAACUGACUGUCGCCAGGCACGGAGGAGACCCUGGAGUUACUGUCAAGGUGGAUUACCGCACAGAGGACGGCACAGCCAAUGCGGGCUCAGAUUAUGAGUUUGCCGAGGGAACGCUGCUGUUUAAGCCGGGAGAGACCCUCAAAGAGAUCACAGUCGGGGUCAUCGAUGACGACAUCUUUGAGGAAGACGAAUAUUUCUACGUCCACCUCAGCAACCCUCGGGUGGUUGGUUAUCCUGAGCAUGGCUCCGCCCCUCUGGAUUCUGGCACCGCCCCCAAAGCUGAGCUGGGCGACGCCCACACCGCCACGGUGACCAUUUAUGACGACGAUCAUGCAGGUAUCUUUACCUUUGAGAGUGCCAGUCAGAGGGUGAGCGAGAGUGUAGGUGUGAUGGAGGUGAAGGUGCAGAGGACGUCGGGGGCCCGUGGCCUGGUCGCCGUCCCCUACCGGACCCUGGACGGCACCGCCAAAGGAGGGGAGGACUAUGAACUGGCUGCCGGGAAGCUGGAGUUUCAGAAUGACGAGACCAUGAAGAUCAUUGAAGUGAAGAUUAUUGACGAUGAGGAGUACGAGAAGAACAAGACCUUCACCAUCGAGCUGGGAGAGCCCAUCCUGCUUGAGAUAGGACAGAAACAUGGAGACUCCAAUGAGAACAAGCCGCUGGUGGGAGCAGAGGAGGAAGAGGUCGCCAAGAUGGGAUGUCCCAGUCUGGGCGAGCACACCCAGCUAGAGGUGAUCAUAGAGGAAUCCUACGAGUUCAAGAGCACGGUAGAUAAGUUGAUCAAGAAGACGAACCUGGCUUUGGUGGUGGGAAGCAGCAGCUGGAGGGAACAGUUUGUCAGCGCCGUCACUGUCAGCGCAGGAGACGACGAUGAGGAGGAGAGCGGCGAGGAGCGGCUGCCGUCAUGCUUCGACUACAUCAUGCACUUCCUCACCGUCUUCUGGAAGGUCCUGUUCGCCUUCGUGCCGCCCACCGAGUACUGGAACGGCUGGGCCUGCUUCUUUGUCUCCAUAUCGCUCAUCGGAGUCCUGACGGCGGUCACCGGCGACCUGGCGUCGCACUUUGGCUGCACGGUGGGACUGAAGGACUCGGUGACGGCCGUGGUGUUUGUGGCACUGGGCACGUCGGUGCCAGACACUUUUGCCAGCAAAGUCGCAGCCAUCCAGGACCAGUACGCCGACGCCUCCAUCGGCAACGUCACCGGUUCGAACGCCGUCAACGUCUUCCUGGGCAUCGGCGUGGCGUGGACCAUCGCCGCCAUCGCCUGGCGCUCGCAGGGCAAGCCCUUCAUGGUGGACCCGGGCUCGCUGGCCUUCUCCGUCACCCUCUUCACCAUCCUGGCCGUGGUGUGCGUCAGCACGCUGCUGUACCGGCGGCGGGCCUCAGUGGCCGGCGGCGAGCUGGGCGGGCCGCGGACUUGUAAGGUGGUGACGUCGCUGCUGUUCGUCUCGCUGUGGCUGAUUUACAUCCUGCUGGCCUCGCUGGAGGCCUACUGCCAUAUACCUGGGUUUUAAACAGCGGAGGAGGGAGGAGAAGGAGAGAGACCUACUGCCAUACGAGACCUAAUGAGAGAGAGAGGGCGGAGGGGGAGGGAGGAGGAGGGACAGGAGUGCGUGCCCUUCAACAUAGUGGGCGAUAAACUGGAUUAACUUGGAUUUACGAAGAUAUUUUUGUACUGAAGCUGCCAAAAUCCAGUAUUUUCCGACAGUAUUCAUUCUAUUUAAAUUUGACCAUUUUACCCCCCAAAAUCACGAAUGUUCAACAGAAUUUUAAUCUUGUCAGAGAAUAGAAAAGCCUCUGAAAUAACAAUUAGGAUAUCAUUGGACACUAAAUCCUCUUUUCCACGGUUGGGCAGAAUGGUUACCAGGUUCAUGUCAACAAUUAUGGUUUCUUUUUCCAUCUAUUGUGCUGUCCACAUUCAGAGUAGCAAGUACUUGGGAAAACAACAGUGAUGACAGCGGCGAUGUAGUUGGUCAGAGACAGGCUCCUGCAAGUCGAAUUCAACAGUUCUUGUCGUGUUUCAGUCCGCUGGCUGACUGCAGUGGAGGAUCUAGAGCUGUUUGUAGUGUUACAGCGCUGACCUUCACUGCUGUCUGCAAGGAUGUGAACAGCUAACAGUGAGCAAAAUCAAUAGUGAGGGAGCCGUGUCUGACCCCGGUGUGGACCCACACAAGCGAGGGAAAUGUGAAACCAAUCAGUGAGCGUGCGCCGUCGUUUCCACCCGGUGGUUCUGCUGCCAUGAGCUCGGCGCUGGCCAGCCAUUGUGCUCCAAACCGUGCCGAGGCGGAGAGGCCACCACGACGGUUACGUCCCAUGCUCGGCUCCGUUCAGCCCGACCGUGGAAAAGAGGCCAAAAACUCACCGUUGAAAAACCAGACUAAAUGAAAUUGCUGUGGGUUUAGCAGCUCAUUAAGACAGGAUGACCCACUGCACCUAGUCAUUAACGGGGGAAACUCUGGGAUACUGCCGUGAAAUGAAGAAAUAAUUUGCAAAAGCGUUAUUGUACAAUUAAGUCAAAUGUACAAUAAGGUUUCACAGACUAGCUGUGGUCAGGGAGGGGCGCCGUAAUCUGAUAUUUAAUAAAAGGCUAGCAUCAUCCUGAAAUAUAGGAACACCAAGAGAAGAGAGGUGAAGAGAAAUGAGAAGAAAAGAGGGAAAGUGAAGGAAGGUUUGAUGUGGUGAAAAGCAAGAAGGAAGGAAGAGAGAGAAAAGAGAGAAUGUGUAUCUGCAGUGGGUUAGAGAGGAAACAAGUAAACAAAGUGAGUGGAAUAAAUGGAGAGGAAUACUCCCCCCUUCUUUCUCUCUCUCUCUCUCUCUCUCUCUCUCUUUCUCUCUCGCUCCCUUAGUCCUCCUAUGUUGGUCGUCACGGGAACAGUGGAUCCCUCCCCUCAUAUCCAUGGCAACCAUUAACAUGUAAUUCUAUCAGUUACUUACUAACAUACAGUACAGCACCCGCUCCCCAAUCGCAUACACCCACACACGCCUCAACAUACACACACACACACACACACACACACACACCUUGGAGCCCUCAGGUGAGUUAGUGAUGGACGACCACUGACUAACAGGUUUACCCGGGCGCGGACGGGCAAGAUGAAAACAGACGAUACCAACGUGUUUUAUUUAUUUUUUUCUUCUUUCUUUGGAACUUCUUUCCCUGAAGCCGGAGACGGUCGUUCUUUCUCUCCGCUCAGCCCUCUCUUCCUGGAUACACUGUGCAAAGGAGCCCCCUCUCCCACACACACACACACACACACACACACACACACAUAUCCUCCGCAGACAUGCUCCCUCUCCUGACAACACCAUCAUCUCUCCUCUCCCUCUCGGCUGUACAGACUGUGUACAUAGUACGCUCCUCCGUCCCUCCGUCUUGCCUUACUAACUCCCCCAUAGGUCGUUGAAUUGUCCUAACGUCGUGGUGAUAUGAGCCUGUAGUCAAUGACCCCCCCAACACACACACAUACACACACACACACACACACACACAAACACCCACCAUUUCACUCAGAUUGAGCCAAUCCCAAGUCCCUCUUCCUUUAUUCCAAUUAAGUCAAUCAACAGCCUCCUUUUACUCUCACAGAAAACCCGCCUUCCCCUCUUUUUUUUUCUAAACCUUUUCAAUGGCGUCAAGUGUUUGAUGUUGUUACCGUGAAAUUGUAAAAAAAGAAAACAAAAAAAAACACACACACAACGAAAAACAUGCCGUAUAAAUAUGACGGGAUGAGAACUAAGAAAAGGGAAGUCACUGUGUGGAGAUGACGGCAAAAGCGAUGACAGACUUCGGGACACGAUGGUGUGACUUUGAAGACGGAAGAUCACCGGCCAACAUGAUGGAUCGACGGAUCGGGAAACAAAUCUAUCGAAGGCGGGACGGCCAAAUGAGCUAGUUGGAUGUACUGUACAAAAUAAACGGAAGUGUAUAUAUUUGAUAAGUGAAGUGGAGGUAUUUGAUAACGGGUGUCAUGAAAAAUACUAAAAGGCAGUGAUCAGACUGGAGGCUUUGAAAAGGCACACUGGUCUGGAGCAGCACCUAGAACUGACUCCACAGACCAAUCAGAAUGAUGAUGAUGAUGACAAGGCAAAACAAUGACCAUGCCCAUUGUUUCUGAUUGUUCACGAUAAUAUAAGAAACCUUAUCAAUUUGUGUGAGGGAAAAAAACACUAAUAUUUAAUUUAUUUUACAUCCCCCUCCCUGCAAGCAAACUAGAGGGAAGCCUUUGGGGAAGAUGUAUGGAAGGAUUUUUUUUUUUUGCCCUUUUUUUUCUGGCGCAGAGUUCAAAAACUUAAUGGACAUUUACUGCAUGGGAUAAAGACUGUAAGAAGGUGCAACAGGUGGGGAAAAACGGAGAUGACAAAAAAAAAAAAAAAGGUUUAGAACAGGAUUGUACACUCCAAGGACACUGUACGGCAGCUCUGAAAUACCACAUGACUGUUUUGCAGCAGGACGUGUGGACGUGAUUUACCUUUGUACUAAACUCAACCCCAAGUCUCUGUUAUCCAAAGAUUUAAUAGGUAAAGAACAUUGUCACAGAUCACUUCACAGGUAGAAAACCAUUCAGCCAUUGUAGAAGUCCUGUUCUGCGUUCGCACUGCGAGGCCUUCCAAACAAGUCCUCUUGAAGGGGGGGAGCAGCAGUGCAGCGGUGUGACUUCGCCAGUGGCUGCAUCUGCAACAGGUAGAAAGCCAUCACUUAGGAAUCUUCUAUAAAUAGGCCCGGAGUGUGUAUGUUUUGCAUGAAAAAGGAUGAAACGGCAGCUCUGCACAGGAUGAAGAAGUAUGAAGAAGCAUCUCUGAAAUCAAAGCUUUUCAGGAAUUAAGACCGGGGGGGAAAAAAAGACAAUUGUUCUUUUCCAAGUGAAAUUAGUGCAUUUUUGAAAAUGCAGAAUGCGCUUUGAAUGGCUUCCACUGGUCCAAGGAACCUGAAAUGUAUUCACCACAUAAGCGACAGUGCACGUCUUUUCUUCAAGUGAGAAAAAGAGAAAACUGCCAAAUUUAAAUUGAGAGGGUUUUCACACUACAGAGAAAUGUGACAGCAAAGUGUUGACAACCUGUGUGCAUCAAGCUAUUAGCUGUGCUCAGCCGCUGGUGUUUUAUCCAUAUGGGGAUUGAUCCUGUAACAAAAGCUGUGCUGUUAUUGUUUUUAUUCGUUCUUGUGAAAAAGUCUGUUGAUUCAGGCAUGAUGUUUGUAUGGAAGUUGAUACCAGUCAGAUGUCCGAAUUAUUUUGUAUGAGAGCAUUACUUUCACAUAUCACAUCAAGGAACUCGCCUGCCAUCGCUUGUCUGCUCUGUUUGAAAAUGUGUUCAGGCCCAGGCUCAGAUAUAAAUUAUGUUUGCAUUAAUACCCAUGUCCUACCCAGGGGCUGGAUUGAAGCUGGACAGAAGGGAUGGCAUAUGUCUUGUCAGUGCAAAUUAUUAAACGCCUGCCUCUUGUUAACAGCAGAAUAAAAGGGAGAAAGAACUGAGGGAACCCAACCGUUUUUCUCUCAACCCACCCCCAAUGUUGACAAUAUGAACUACAAGGAAAAUCAGAGAGGAAACAAUAAUUUACCUAUUUGUUGUGCCCUUUGUUUUUUUUUGAGUACGUUUGAGAGAAAAAUGGGAUUGAAAACAACAAUUUACCUGCCCACCAUCUGCCUUGUUAAAUAAUGACAAAUUAUACCCGCUGCUCUCGUCCAAUUGAAACGCAGGCUUAACAAAGCCGGCUCAGUCGUGAGUGGCCACACUAAGUGGGUCGGGCGAAGCCAAGAGCUCGGCCGGUGCAGAGAGCAGCCUUGCCAAGGUCAGCAUGUGUAAAAAAUGUAGGAUGACUGGGUGGUUUGCCGUGGAAGAGGUUGAACACUACCUGCUGUUGUUUAAACUGGUUAUAAAAUUCAUCCAUCUUCUGGAGAGGUAGCCAUGGUGGAAGUGCCUCUGUGCCGGGAGUAUCCUGCAGCUACUCCUGC